GUGCAGUGUGCGCGAGGAAGCUGCCCUCGACGGACGUCAAUCCGUCGGACCCGACGGAGAUGGCCGUGGCACGUGGUGCACCGAGAGAUUUAAACCUCUGACAAAUUUCUUGAGCUUGCGGCGGUUAGGCGGAUGACAGUGCGAGGCUGCAGUGACCGUGACGAGACGGGGGGAUGAUAACUUUCAACUAUUACUUGCGUCGUGUAAACUUGAUUACAUUCAAUUUUUACCAUUUUUAAAAUCUAAUCGCCAAAUUUUAUUACACACUGUAACGUCGGUCGUAAUGUUUGGAAUAAUUAUUCAAUAACGACGUGGCGAUACGCCGCAUGCACACUGUUAUUUGUACGUACUUGUCUAAUAAUUACGCCGGCUUAGCCUUGUAAUGUAUUUCGAUAUAUGACGUGCUAUUGCUGAUUCCGCAAGUGCAUUGCAGGUUGACGCGACGAUUUGUUCAAACUGUACCUUAAACCCAUCGAGAAAUGAACAGCUCGCGCUAUAACUCGCAAUCAAUCCUUUUCCAAUUUAUUACGGUACACUGAGAUCGACAUUAUAUUGUACGUGACAAGUGUGCCUUCGGUAUUCCGUUGCAGAUUUACAAUAAUCCAAAAUUGAGUGCCGUGUGUGUGCGUGAUGUAAUAAGUGGUGUCGAAAUUUCUCUCCAGUUGUCAUUGUAGCGUAUAGAUUAACAAUUACUUGUGUAUUUAACCAGUAAUAGAAAUCAUCGAAAAUAUUUUUAAAUGUCGACAAGUAGUUUGACUUUCGGAGCAAGAAUUUCCCGGCCAAACCGGAUCUCCAAUUCUUUCCGGAUUUCUUGUCAAAGGUUUUGUGGUUUGAAAUAACGCUGACCGGUAGGUAGAGGCUUUCGGUCGUCACUGCGCGAUGUGUAAAAUGAUCUCACUCCAACAACCGCGACGAUAUCGCGUACCGGGUUUUUCGCAUAGGUCAGUAGUUUCCUGUUUAAACCAUUACACGGACUCAAUUUGCGCCGAAUGAACGCUCAAUAGUACACACAAAUAAGUGAGCUGAAUUUAUUCGUGGUACACGCUGGACUCUUGAUUCUCGAGGAUCUCGUGAAAAAAAGCUAAUACGAAUAUUUAUACUUACACUCAUAUGUACGAAGUAAAGAGAGAAAAGUGCCGUGCAAACACAGCUGUGUUGUGAAUUACGUAAGAGUGAAAUUAUAAAGUAACAAUAUAAUACGCACAAGCGAAGAUAGAUGGAAACUGUGAAACGAGUUUAAUAAAAGUCGAGUGGAUCGAGGAAAGCUGCUGCAAAGACACAGAUGAGAGACAUGGAAGUAGCGACGCGGCUCAAAGGGCUGCGGAAUAGCUCGGCAAGAUUAAUAAUUGGCUCAAGAUUUGUGCAUAUUUUGGCAGACUUUAACGAGCUGUUAAUAAUGAAGUGCGUCGUUAGAACAUAGUAUUGGAGAUCGGUUGGGAUCAUGCCAGGUAUCGUGGUGUUCCGGCGCCGAUGGAGCGUCGGCAGUGACGACCUGGUCGUUCCCGGCGUCUUCCUCUUCGUUCUGCAUCUCAUAUGGGUCAUCGUGCUGAGCGUCCUCCUGGGGGUCCUGGAAUGGGACCGCAACGUGAGCUGCGUACGGCUCCUGUGGGAAUACGUCCUCGGAUAUAUGGUGAUCCUCGUCAUCUCGAUCGUCGUGGAGCUGUCAAUCUCCGUCCUCGCGAUGAGAGGGAGCAUCUUGGACACCGCCCCGAGAGCGCCGAUGCAGUACUAUCUCUACUUUCGCCUGUUGGUGAUGAUCGUCGAGAUGGGAUGGCUCUGCGCCGGUAUCGCGUGGCUGGUUAAACACUACAGUACCUGCCCGAUUGACCAGGCGAAGGGUUUUAUUUUGGGACUCGUGAUUUCGAACUGGUGCGUGUUGGCCUCUGUGCUGGUCACGGUGUGGUGCACGUUUGACGCUGCCGGCCGAUCCUGGGUCAAAAUGAAGAAAUACCAGCGGAGUAUGCGGGAAGCGGAAACGCGGGGUGGUGGCAGGCUACACUACAAGCGCAGCGGAAGUAGAAACAGGAAUUGGAGACAGCGAAAGGUGAUACGAGCUUAUCAGGAUAGUUGGGACAACAGAUGCAGGCUACUUUUCUGCUGCAUGGGAAACUCGGACAGGAACAGGAAUUCGUUCGCGGACAUCGCCCGACUGUUGAGUGAUUUCUUCAGGGACCUGGACGUUGUACCGUCGGAUGUUGUCGCUGGAUUAGUACUGCUGAGGAAGUUUCAGAAGAUCGAGAGGGAGCUGAUAGUCAAGCAGAGGAAAAACGACACGUACGAAUUUCUUUCCGGAGUACCAGUCACCCCGAGGACCAAAUUCUUAUCCUUGACCGAAGACGGUGAUCUUGAUCACUUUCAGGCCGCCAUUCAUUACAUGCAUUUCGCUCUUGCGGCCUACGGCUGGCCAAUUUUCCUCAUAACUCAUUCCACUGGGUUGUGUCAACUCUGCACCAGAUUGAGGUGCGGCUGUUUCCCGUGCAGAAGAAACGAUGACGAGGCGACAGUCGUCGACGACAAUUGCUGCCAGUGUAAUUAUGCGGCACUUAGACGAAUGGUGGAAGUUGGCGAGGUGGAAGUCGUCUAUGCGACUUACCACGUCGACGUUGGAGAAACGCCGUUCUUCGUCGCUCUGGAUUACACGAGGAAAAAGGUGGUGGUUAGUAUACGUGGUACUCUCAGCAUGAAGGACGUGAUAACCGACUUGAACGCCGAGGCGGAAGUACUGCCGUUAUCACCGCCCAGGGAAGACUGGCUGGGACACAAAGGGAUGGUGCAAGCGGCCGAGUAUAUCCGAAAGAAGCUGCGGGAGCAAGGAAUCAUCGCCAGAGCGUUGGCCAAAGAUCCGACAAGAGGUACGCAUCAGUUCGGGUUGACGUUAGUCGGGCAUUCGUUGGGUGCUGGCACCGCAGCGAUUCUCGCAAUUUUAUUGAGGCAGGAAUAUCAGGAUCUCUUAUGUUUCUCUUUCGCUCCGCCCGGCGGUCUUCUGAGCAUGCCUGCCCAGCAGUAUACCCAGGAAUUUAUCACGUCCGUCGUUGUCGGUAAGGACGUCGUUCCAAGAAUAGGACUCAGACAAAUGGAAAGCCUUCGUGCGGACCUCAUUAACGCCAUCAAAAGGAGCGUUGACCCGAAGUGGAAAACGAUCGCAUGCUCGGUGAUGUGCUGCGGAUGCGGUUCGACUCCGACUUCAGCUGCGAACCUUGAGGCUGGCGGCUGCAUCAGCGAGUACCAAAGAGACAAGGACCAGGCAAGAUCUCAGACGGUAGUUCCGAGCGACUCGAGGAUCGCGCUGACGCUUCACAGACCGCUGUAUCCUCCAGGAAGGAUAAUUCACGUGGUGCGACAUCAUACUAACAAGAACGAGCAAAAGUAUGAGUCCCGUUGGAGGCAAGUCCUGAGGAAGCGUGAGCCCGUCUAUCAGGCCCUCUGGGCUGGGCCCUGCGACUUUGACGAGGUCCUGAUCAGUCCGGUUAUGAUCCAGGACCACAUGCCGGACACGAUGUUGAACGCCUUGAACAAGGUUAUAACGACGCUGGGUCCAGCAAAGCCACAGAGGACCGGAACGUCGGCGCAUACGUCUUCGGCGGAGGCCUCGGAGGUCCGGGAGGCCGUCGAGGUCCAGGAGGUCGAGAUCGAGCCGGAGAUGAGAGCUUUGCUGUCCCCGCCGAGUCCCGCCAAGCUUAAAACAGCCGCAGGAACGCCCCCGCACAGAUUGUGCCUCGAAACGAGCUUCACGUCCCUCCACAGACCCCCAGAGUUUCACCGGGACGCGGGGCGCCUGCAACCCAGCCAAGUCUCGAGAGGGCUGCGCUGGGAAUACGUCGGUGCUGUUCCGAGAUCGAACGAUGGAAAAUUAUCCCGAAACUUGGGAGAGUGGGACAACAUUCGAGCUUUGGCACCCUUGGCCACGCCGGAAACUCUGUCCGAAGCCUCGAGCGAUCCUCCGUCCCCGGUUCCUCCCCCGCGGCCGAUGAGGCGGACGCCGAAGAUUCCUGGCAAUUUAUCUACCGCCGCUGAUGACCUCAAGAAUAAUCUACACUUUGCGAUGUUGUCCGCUAAGAAUUACUUCCUCAAGGAGGAAACUAACGGCAGUCAUAGCAGCGGAAACAGCGAGGCGAGCUAUGAGAGCGCCAAAAGUCUCGGCGCCGGAAUUCCUCCUCCGGUACCGAGGAGAAGAGAUUCGGUCAUUGUCAGGAGAGAACAUAGAAUUUGUACUGCAGCCUGCUGCAGGGAUGACAUUUCUGAAAACUCGUCCUCGCCAUCCUCGAGAAUAUCUCACACUUCGCAUAGGGUCCAAGAUGACUUCGCCAAGGAGGAACACGACACAAACGGAUCGAGUUUGGACUUUUACGAAGCACAGGAUUCGUUCGGCCAACGGGAAAGCAGCAACGAAGUCUUUCUGAGCGUCCGGAGUUCCCCGGAGUGCAAGGGUCUGAUGACGCCGGCGGUCGACCUGGGGGUCGAAUGGAAACGGAAAUUUGAUCCUCCGAGACUCGGCGGAGACGCCUCCCUGCCCCUUCUUCACGGCCUGUCGCCGACGCCUCCUCACGCGCAGCACAAUUCGCCUUUCUUCAACGCGAAACGAAAGAAGUACGUUUACCCGAUCACGAUGGUCGGCAGGGGUGAAAGUAGUGUAUAGUGUAUCGCCGUUAGAAAAUGGGACCAUUUGUAAUUUAGUAUAAUCAGAGCGCAAUAGACGAUAAAACUGAACAUGGCAGUUAUGAAAUAAAGAAAAUGAAGAUAAAUAAAAAAUUAACGAUGCCGAUAAUGAUGUAUUUAAAUGAGAAGCAUUAACGAUUAUAUGUAUAACAGAUUAUAUAUAAUAAUACAAAGUGUGAAAGAAUGAGUGACAAACAUUUUAUAGAAACUACAACAGUUUUUUUUUAAUAACAUAAAAUUUUUAUGGUUACCAUUCGUUUGAUUCUAAUUAUCGAACGGAAUAGUGCUUCCGGAUCUCGUAGAUUCUUUACUUUCUCGUAAACAUGUGUAAUACGUUGAUGUAGUGAAAUAAUAGAUUACGGUUGUGAUGGCAUUUAUUCGAUUUCAAAUUCAAUUGUGUGGUAAAUUAUUCUUUUGUCACUCGGUUAAAGUAGUGUAGAAUUUGAAAAAAAACGUUUAAUGAUUGGUUUUGAUUAUUAAAGAAAAAUUACUAAACGAUUAAAUCUGUUAAGAACACAAAAAAAAAAAAAUAUUAAAAGAAACAUGUUUACUUCGCAUAUUGUGAUGAAAAUGUCAUAAUUCAAAU